AUGAAAGAAAAUAACACACUGUCAACACUACCUCUAGAAUCAACAGAACGUCAUCAAACCGAAAAGGCAAUUAUUGAUGCGUUAUUAAAGAUAAGUGAAAUUGUACAAAAGACUGAAAUACAUCGUCGUAAAACAAAAAGACAACAACGAAGUUUAGAUAAACCAUCAUUGAAUCAAUUGAAAGCAAUUCGUCGUCGUUCAGCGACUAUAACAUCGAAAAUAUUGGCCAAACAGCGUUCACAACGUAUAGUUAGACAACAAAGUGAUGAUAUUAGAAAUAAUGAUAAUUUAGAAGAACUAUCAUUAAUUAACGAUGAUUUUUAUAGGAAAACGUCAUCAAUAAUGAAUAAUAAUAGUCAAAUAUAUCGUAAACAACAAACAUCACAAAUGCCACUGAAAAUCUUAAGAAAUAAACAGCAGUACUCAACAUUAUCAUCCAAUUAUACAUUUCAUGACUCAAAAGCUACAAAUGAUCUGGCUAUCGGUAACAAGAAGUGGACAAACUCACUUUCAACAUCGCCUUCAAACUGUAACCGAGCGAUAGUAAAAAAUAUUGCUACGUUCAAUAACAGAAAUGGUAUAGAUAGACAAUUUGUUAGCAUAUGGCCAAAGGGUGAGUAUGUUGACUUAAUCCUCUUAGACUAUAAAAUAUUGUCUGUCACUUUUUCAUUAAUAUCAGUAUUUCUAUUUUGUUUGAAAGAUGUAAUCAAUCGUAGUCGUUCUUCUUAUGAAUGCGAUCUGCAUCAACAUCGUCAUCAUUAUUCUGAUCGUAAUAGCGAUAAAAAUCAUUCUCAUCAGCGAACAAGUAAAUCGCAUAAAAAAUCUGUUUCACACAUGAUACCAAAAUCAUUCGAACAAAAACGGCGUUAUGACGACGAUUCAAUAGAGUCAAUAACACAACGAAAUAAAAAGCAUACGAAUUCAUCAUCCUCAAAUGGAAAAUAUCCCGAUCAUUUCUCAUCACAUUGCAAUUCUUCAGAUAACAAAAAAAAAUAUCGAGAUGAUAAUUAUUCAAAAAAUUCAAUCGAUAAUAAUAAAUACCGUGGGCAUCGUGACCGAAAAUAUCAUAGUAGUAAAUACGACAAUGGUGAUAAACAACAUUCGUCAAUAAGUCAACCGGGGAAAGAUAAAAAUAUUCAAAAAAAUUUGACUGAAAGAAAAUUAAUCAGCGAUAGUCAAAUGUCAACUGACCAACAAAUGGCAAUUGUUGAUAAUUUUCAAGCAACAUCUUAUCUUGAUUCAACAACUGUUGAACAAUCAGUUAUUAAUUCUCAACAACAACCACUAAUCGCAGCUACUACUACAGCCACUACAACAAUAACUGCUGAUACUGCGAACACUUAUCAGCCGACGUCGCCAAUUCAAGAACUUGAAUACCAACAACAACAGCAACAGUUAUUAUCGUCUCUACCAAAUGCAGAAACAACAACUCAAAUAAUUCAAUCAACUUCAAAUUCUACAACAGCAUGUUGUACUCAUCCAUCUUCACUAUCAUUAACGAAUAUUGACGUCUUCAUUAAUCAACAGUUGCAAUCAGCACUAGAAAAAAUACAUACACAACAGCAGCAUCGAUCACAAUCAUUACCAACGAAAACAGCUACGUUUCCAACUAUCAGCAAUGUUCCACCGACACAAACAAACUAUAUGCGUCACCGUCAACCGCGUAUAUCAUCAUUAGCGUGCUCUCGUCUUGUUCAAUUGACAAAAUCAGAUACUACUAAAAUGCUGAAUGGUGUUGCAAAGCAACUAUUUCCUAGCGAACAACAUGAAAAACAACGUCAACAAGCUAUGACCGCUGCAAAAAAUGGUGACUUCGAAUUAUCUUAUCGAUUGUACACGAAACUCUAUCAUGAUACACAAGAUAUCGAAUUGAAAUCGGAUGUGUUAUCCAGUAGAGCAACAACGUUACUAUUAGAACAAAAAUGUUAUGAAGCGAUUGAAGAUUGUACUCACGCAAUUGCGUUUAAUCAAUGGAAUAAAUUGGCAUAUGUUAUUCGAGCUGCAUGUUGGAUGAUUAUUAGUCAGUAUGAAAAAGCGGUAGAAGAUUAUUCAAAACUCUUUCAUUUCUUUGAUCAAUCGCAGCAAGUGUUAGAUUUACUCAAUUUAGCCUACGAACAGUUGAACGUGUUGAGAGAACAAAAUAAAAAAAUGACUAAUACAACUGCUGAUGCAGGAGAUAAUUUAGAAGAAAAAAUAUUAUCAGUAACCGAAGAGUAUAAAGAUGAUGAGCCAAUUGUUGAAGAAGUUAGUAUAAAAACAGAACCAAUAAAAUCAACGAAACUACCAACAAAGUCAUCAUUCAAACAUAUUACUAAUAUAUCAAAAGUUGUUACACCUCAAACUGGUGAUAUGCAAACAACGAAUUUAGGCAUCACAACUCCAACAGCUUCAUUCAUUCAACCAGCUGUUUAUUUAUGUUAUCCAUACACAGCUUAUCCAACAUGGUAUAGUGAGGGAGUAGAAAAAGUUGAAUCUGAACAACUUUCAUCGUACAUCGUUGCUGGUGGCUCAUUAACAACGGUUGAACAUCAUCGCAUACCGCCAAGUAUAAGAUCGGAUGUUCAAAUAGUAGAAAAUAAAACAAAGUCAGUUCAAUCAAUAGAGAACAUCUCAUGUCAAACGUCAUUAACGUCCGAUCAAUAUCAACAACAACAACAAGAUUUUAAUACCAAAAAACGUGUUACACACGAUGAUGAAAAAGAAAACAAUGAAUAUAGUGAUAUAAAUAUUAAACGACGAAGCCAAGCGAAAGUACAGCAACUAGAACAAACAUCAAAUUCGAGUAUAGAACGUCAACAAGAAGUACCGUCAAUUCAUAAUAAUAAUGCUGUUUAUGAUUGCAUGUAUCAAAGCAAUUUGACUUCUGAACCAGAUGUGACUCUAAAACUGACAAUGAAUCAAAAUCAAUCCAAUUUAUGGCCUGAAUAUCCAUUGAUACAACAACAACUCGGUCGACCGUGCUCUGAUGGAAAUGAUGUAGUAAGACAUAAUUUCUCACCUGUCUAUCAAAGCAAUUCUUCUUAUGAGAAUCGUGUACCAGCGUUAAUAUCUGAGUUAGAGAUUCCUAAUUGUAUUAGAAAAGAAAAAACAACAGCAACAAACGAUAAUAAUUAUGUUUCGUCUACAACAUUCUAUCAAUCAAUGGAAUGUCACACAAAUUCAAAUAAUUUCUGUCAUCUACAACAAAAUACUAAACCUUUUAUGGCACAAUUCAGUCAUUGUCAUCAAGUAAAACCUAUGAAUUAUUCAUCGGACAGUACUAUUUAUAAUAGUCCAAAAGAUGGUUUUAUUUCCGAGCAGCAAUAUCAACAAAAACAUAACACGUUUCCAGCAGCAUUAAAACAAACAAUUCAAAUGGAGACAAGGCAACCAUCUUUGUCAGUUUAUCCACAAGAAAAAAACCAAUCGAACUUAAUUUGGAUUAAGAAUCAAAACAUGAGAACUGAAACACCAACAAAUAGUGAACGAAUGCAUCAAAAUAUAAAUGGCAAUAACUUUCGACAAAUUAAUGAAAAUAUAAACUCUAAUGUGACGUUUAAUCAACAAGUACUAGAACAACAAAGAACACAGUCGACAGGAGUUAUUAGUAAUCGUCCGCUAGCUUAA